AUGUCUACUUCACCCGGGUUUCCAAGCGAGGCUGAAGCCAAGGCUGGCAUUGGGUCCUACGGCGUCUCAUGCACGCUCGCGGGCAUCAUGCUGGACGUGUUUUUCUUUGUACAAUUAUGGCAGGUACACCAUUGUCCCAUCGCCUGGCUAGCUCUCAUUGACGCGGUCAACAUGGGUCUCUGCCAAAUCUUCUUUGCCUACCGCGCCUACCGGCUUUGGAGCCGAAACGUCAUAAUCCCCAUCGGGGUUGGCCUGUGUAUUCUCACCUGCCUGGCAUCCACGAUUGCAAUCGUGGUCAUGUACAUUCCACUCACUUCCAUCCUGGAUACGCACUACAUUGUGCCAGUCGCCCUUACUUGGCAUGCAACCAACAUGCUCGCGGACAUUAUCAUCACCGCCACCAUUCUACGGGCCUUGGUCAAGAUUCGAACCGGCAUCGCCAGCACCGACAAGCUCAUUGCGCGUCUCAUCCGCAUGACCCUCGAGUCACAGGCAGCAGCAGCUACCAUUGCCAUGACCCUCCUCGUUGAUACCAUUGUCGAGCCCUCCAAUUUGUUGGGUAUUUCCAUCCUCCUCUUUCAGUCCAAAGUCUACGUCGUCGGAUUCUUCUACUCACUCAACCUUCGCUCCAAAUCUGAAAGGGGCGAGAACAUCACCAUGAACGACACUCACCCUCUCGCAUUUAGUCAUGAGCAGGCCGCCACGAUCGUCAUUGAGCAGCAGACGGAGAUGCAUAUCAUGGUAAGACCUGCUCUGACCGUGCUCAUACCAGCACGUCAACCCUCCCCCUUCUCCUGGUCUCAAUCGCAAGCCCGGGUCGCAAGAUCAGUCUGA